UGUCAUCCUAUGGUGAGCACUACUUGAGGACGUUGCUCUUUCACCCAUCUACAUCAGAAACAUACAUCAUGGACUGGCACAAGACAAUCCUCGCGAUCACGUCAGCGACUACCUCUUAUAUCUUCUUUGGAGCUCUCGCGGAUCAGCAAAGAGGAAUCGUACCACUAGCAACGGGCCGAAUCAAGAACACGGCGGGUCUGACGCCUGCCAACCGAGUUGGACUUUUUGCGUCCUUCCUUCCCAGAGCAGCAAUUCCUAUCGUCCUCAUCGCGAACAUCUCGAUAAUUAUGGCUUUCACAACGUCUUAUUAUCACCCCGACCGGAUUAUCCGCCAGAUAGCAUUUACGAGCGCUGGAUUCUUGCUCUUACUCGCUCCUCUGACCCUUGGUCAACAUCUACCCGCUAUCAACAGUCAGCUCUUGGCAUUCUCGAGAGCUGGACCAAAGGAAAUUGAAGCCAAGGGGGAAUUGAUAAAUCAGUUGAUCAUAACUUGGGAGAGGAAACAUCUAUGGAGGUUUAUAAGCUAUGUUGGGGCUUGGGCCUGUUCGAUCGCUGCUCUUUCUAUAGACUCAGGCCGAACGAAGCUGUGAGGCGAGACACUGCAAGCCAGCUAGACAACGGGACGGGACAACCCAGUUCAUCUUCUUGAGAAAGGAGCAGUGUAAAAGUAGACUGCAGCUGUGACAGAGCAUCAUGUGCAAGACUCCAUGCAUAUCCUGUCACAGCGGACCACUCAUGGCCUCUCCGCUUGGUCGGGUACCGCAGAUAGUCUACGCUGUAUCUCUCAC